ACUUCGUUUCUGGUAACUUAUUGAGCUCUCCUUUUGAUUCGAUUCGCUGUUGAGUUCCUCUCUUCGUUUGAGUUGUCAGAUUGAAUCCUUUGCGUGUGUCAGCUCCUCAUUAUAGAUAAAAAGGGGGGAAAUUAGGGGAAAAAAAAUUCAAAUUUCUAAGGAUUUUAUACCCUUUUCUUCUUCAGUUGAGAGAUUCACGGGGGAGAAAUCUUUUCUGGGUUCAGCUGAUUCAUGGAUUUCUCUCAUCUUCUUAUGUCAAAAGAGUAAUGCACCAUAGAUCUCAAAAACAAAAUGGCUACAUUAGUCCCUGGAAUCCUCCUCAAGCUCCUCCAGCACAUGAACACAGAUGUCAAAGUUGCGGGUGAGCAUCGAUCCUCCCUCCUCCAAGUCAUUGGCAUUGUCCCUGCCCUGGCCGGCACUGACCUCUUCUCCAACCAAGGAUUCUACCUCAAAGUGUCAGACUCGUCUCAUGCCACUUAUGUCUCUCUACCCGAUGAGCAUGAAGACCUUAUACUUAGCGAUAAGAUACAGUUAGGCCAAUUUAUUCAUGUAGAACGUCUCGAGGCAGCUUCUCCUGUCCCAAUUCUUAAAGGGGUGAAGCCAAUCCCCGGGCGUCAUCAAUGUGUUGGUAGCCCGGAAGAUAUCGUUGCCACUCAAGCACAGAAUUUACUCGAUACAAAGAAAUCAAGACCAUCAAAUGUUUCGAAUUCUUCAAAGGAUAGUGGUAGUCAAGUAGAGAACAAGUCAUUGGGUUUGCUUAAUAUUGAGAGACCAAGGUCAUCCAAUGUGUCCAAGGAUAAUGGCGUUAGAUCAUUGAAAAUGAAUGGUACUCCAAAACUUGAGGAUGUGGGCAAACAAAAAGCAUCUUUGAGUAGGUCAAGCUCUUCACUAUCCAAACACAUAGAAGCUAAUCAUGGGAGGUCGAAUUCAAUAAGUUUACGGAAUAACAUGCCUUCAUCACCAUCUAGUUGUUAUUCUCUGCCAGUGACAUUUGAGAAGUUCUCUAAUGGUGUUAAGCAAAAUGGGAAAGUUAAAUCAGAGAAGGUGACUUCUUCAAAGCUCAAUUUAUUGGAGAGGGCUGCAUCGGUAUUGAAGGCGACUACAACUGGUAGGAAAUCAUCAGUAGGAAAUUUGUUACCAGGGAUUGAGACGGGGGCUAAAGGGUUAAGGAAGAGUUGGGAAGGGAAUGUGGAGAUAAAGGGAAGGGAUAGUUCUACUCCAAGAUUAUCGAAAAGUGAGCCUAAGUCUGAGGCUAGAAGCACAUCAACUCCUAGAAGAAAAUCAACUGCAAUUGAGAAGCCAUUGCCUAAAGAGGAGAACAAGGUUCAGACUCCCCAGAAGAAAAGCAAUGUGACUGUAACUUCUAAUGAUGCUGAUAAUUCAAGUAAACUACGAUCUCCAUCACAAACAGCAAAGAGGACACUGGAGACGACUAAUAUUCUAGCUCCGGGAAACUUAACUAAAUUUAUUCCAAGCAGAAGAUUGACAGAUGGUAGUGUUAACUGGUCAUCGCUUCCUUCACCUCUGGUGAAGCUCGGAAAGGAAGUAAUGAAGUAUAGAGAUUCUGCACAACAAGCUGCCAUUGAGGCGAUGCAAGAGGCUUCAGCUGCAGAGAGCUUGGUCCGGUGCUUAAGCAUGUACGCAGAAUUAAGUUCCUCGGCCAAGGAAGACGACCCUCAACCAACCGUUGAACAAUUCCUCUCCUUUCACUCCUCUCUAUCCACCUCUUCCCUCGUAUCUGACUCCUUCCUCAAAUCCUUCUCACCUUCCCUCUCCUCCCCCGACCAAUCCCCCAUCAACACCAACACCGUUGACCAGGAUGCUGACGCCCAAAAAGUCAACAUCCAGCUCAAUGCUGAGCGUCGCCAGUUUGCCACCUCCUGGGUCAAUGCUGCCCUUGCCACCGACCUCUCCUCCUUCACCAUCUACACACCAAAGUCAACCCCUCAAAGUCAAACUCAACCCCAAACCGUCAUGCUCCUCAAUUCUCCAGCCAAGUCAAUAUCACCACAACCCUCUACCACCAAGUCCAAAACCUCUACAAAGAAGCCCGGGAAGUCCCGGGGCCCACAGGCACCAAUGUCGCCCCCGCGUGAGUGGGUCCCGCGUGGAGGAGCUGAGGACGGUGCUGAGCUGGCGAAGCUGAUGAAGGGGGAGUCGAAGGUUUGGUUCUUGGGGUUCGUGGAGAGGUUCCUUGAUGCUGAUGUGGGGGAGCGCCUGCCUUGGGAUCGGGGUUCGGUGGCUGGGAUGCUUUCGCAGCUGAAGAAGGUGAAUGAUUGGUUGGAUGACGUGUCGGAUUUGGAAGGCAAAGAUUCGACUGAGACUGUUGAUAGGAUAAGGAAAAAGAUUUAUGAGUAUUUGCUGACUCAUGUGGAGUCAGCUGCUGUGGCGUUGGGAGGUGGAGGUGGUUUGACUAUUGGAGGACAAGCGAGAAGAUGUUGAUUUUUUAUCCUGGGGUUUGUAUAUAACUUCCAAUUUAUUUUUUCAAUUUGGUGUAUGUUGAUCAUUGUUCUUUGAUAGCAAAUACUAAUUGUUGGGAGAGCAUUUAAAAUUUCUAAUCAAAAUUCUGGAAAAGAAAAUUUCUAACUACAA